UGAAAUUUGCCUUAUUUACAGUGAAAAACCCUUAGACUAUUUAUAUUGUUGUUAUUAUUGUCAGAGGGACUUGUGUUGCAUCACAUUUCCUCAGGAAACCAGCGUUUGGUGAAAUCAGUGGCUUAAAGCAGACGAUUUUGCACACUUUCUACCAAACUUAGAGUGUUAUUCCCACAGUACCGACAGGGACUGCAUACGAUCUAAUCAAGCUCAUACUGUAGCUAACGCUGGCUUACCUUGUUGAUUCUAGAGUUCCAGAUAUUUUCAGCAAGGAGUGGUCUUGAUGAUCGACGAUUUCGGUGGGCAUUAUUCAAUUUUAUCAAAAAGAAACGUGGAAAGUUUCUUGAAAGCUUUAGUGAUAAUGCCAAAAUAGAUAAGGAGUAUACGAUAUUAAGAGCUGCCUUGUAGAUUUUCUAUUGAUCAUGAUAGGAUUUAUGUUACGAGGGUGAUUAAGGAUACUUAGAUAAACUCCAGGUUCGAAGUAUUUAAAUAUAUGCUAUUUCCAUUUAUGUAUUUGAGGUUAUUUCAUUUCAAAGUUAUUAUUAUUUGCGGUUGAGACCCAUUUCUUUCUAUUUCAUUUUCUGGUCAUCAAAUUUUUGUUAUUUGUUUUUUUUUAGGUCUUCUUGGUGUAAUUUACAUAAAAAAGAAUGAGUGCGCUUACAGAAUCAAUCAAUGUGGAGGAGAAAUUCUCAGGAUCAUCUUUGAAUGGUAGACAAGAAGGAUCUCUAGAGAGUGCUAACAACCUAUUUGCUCCAGACAGUGGUGGGGAAUUUGACUGUGAUGGUAGCAACACAUUAAAUGGUGCAGAAAAUGCAAUUGAUCCACGGGUAGGAACAAAUUUAUGAUGGCCUGCCUAGAAUUAUGAUGAAUAUUUUGAUUUCUGAGCAUUUUUUUUAAUAGUAACUUUUCAUUUUCAGUUGUUUUUGUUAUAUUUAUUUGAUAAAUCAAUCAUAUGGAAUGAAUCGUUUUGAAUUGCUGAUGAUGAAAAGUAUGCAAUUGAUCCUCCUAGGUAAACUGUAAUUUAAGUAAUUACAGCAAAGAAGCCUGAAAAACUCAGGCUUAGAUGGGACUCAAAACCUUGCCUUCUAGAUACUAAUUCAAUGCUACUGUGUACUGAAUUAUGAAGCCACAUGUAAGAAGUGAGGCAAGUUGGGGUCUCUGUUCACAGUAAAAGGAAAUAAGCCAUACCAACCUUUACAACCAAUUAAGAUAUGCAGUCACACAUCAGAAAGAAAGGGAAAAUUCUGAAAACUUGCUUUGAUUUAUGGAAAAGUUGAUUUGUGAUAUUUUCAUGUAUGUUCCAGGUUGCCUUGAUCAGUCCAGAUGAUGAACAAUUUGAUAUUUUACUACAAAAACUCAAGGAAAGGUUAGAUGAAGGACAUGGUGAAACUAUCUAUGAAGUUGGUGUUGGGGGUAAGUAAUCUUAAUACUGUUUUCUUGAAUGAGUGAAUUCAUAAAUUUUUCAUUCUUAAGUGAUUUUUCUUCAUGCUGUGGCUAAAUUAAUGUGGAAAAGCUUGAAAUAUAGGGGCCAUUUAAUCGUCUUAUGGCUCAUGGAGCAGAUUCCAUGAGAAGGAAGUAAUGGAAUGAAAUAAACUACCACUCCUUAUGGAGGUGUUUUGUGGUAAUAAGGAGGUAAUGUAGUGGUUAUUAUUGGACUAUUUUUGAUGAGAUCAUCAAGAGCUGAUUUAUUCAGCAAUUCUCCCUUCUUGCCUUUAUGCGCUGCCACCUGGUCAGCUCAGGUUGUAAUGCACCAGACUACUGUGUGUGGCAUGAAGGGUUCAUUCCCUGAAGUGGACCAACAAUGAGGGUCUUAAAAUAGUUGAGGGGAAUGAGCUGCUUUUGCUACAACAGUUGCAAAUGGUUAGACAGUCUAGUAUUCCCUGAUAAGAAUGAUAAAUUGUAGGCCUUUCUCCUGCUUCUUUUCUGUACUGGUGAGCAAGCGUUGUUAAAGAACCCACACACUUCUAUGAAGAUCAGGAAAUGUAGCUCCCAGUGUCAGACCUUGAUUUUCAAAAUGGGAACAUCUGCCUAAAUUUCUUUCAAACUGCUCAAUGUAAUCUGGUUUAAGUGCAAAGUGUUACAAAGUACAAUGAGUUAUGGUGCUGUAGAAAUCCUUCAUGAUCAAGGUUAUAAAUUUUUUUGUGGAUAUUUUGGGAGAAUUUGGUGCUAUAUGGUAAUAACACCCUCUAGCUGAGGGUGUGUAUUCUCAUCACUGGUUUGCCAAAUUCUCCUGAUGGAUGUAGCUUCAAACAAUACAAUGCUCAAUUUGAUACUUGUCAUCAGAUGUACUUAUUGAUUUUCAAUUGUAGAUGGAGCAGCAAGUGGACUCAGUGAAGAGGAUCUCAAAGCAUCAGUAGAUUCCUUGAAACUAUUAGCCGAGUCUUGUAAUGCUGAUGUUGUCCUGCUAAGAGAGAAGCCAGCAGAGGAGGGUACUGUUGCUGAAUAUCUUGUCCGUAAUAGAGUGGAUGAGAAUGAUUUCAUGGAAGUGAGGUGAGCAACCUUGAGUACCUGGUAAUGCCUUUAUUCCUUUUCCCCCAUUCUUGUAUUAGGCACCUGUAACUCGCGUUACGAGUUUCAGGUGAAAAAUAGUGUAAAAAAUAGACUUAAGGUGGCGAGAAAGCCCAGUAGAAUCCCAGUAGAUGCUGUAUUGAGAAAAGUAAAAAAAAAAUGAUCUUUGAAACCCUUUAUUCAAUUUUGUUCAAAUUCUAUGUGGACCUGAGAUGCAUGACUCAAGCUUGCUUUUUCUUUGUUGGGAGGUGGGGGAGGGGUUGGGGCCUCUUUAGACCAACAAAGGGUUCAGGGCCUAAGAAAUGUUCAGAUCUUUUGUGAACAGAAGGUUAGGGAAAGUAGCAUACUCCAAAAUGGCUUCAUGCUUAGUAAUCUUCUUUAUCCUGGUUGAUAAUGUUGUCUUAAUCCAUCUAUUUUGGUAGGGUGGCAGUGGUAGGCAAUGUAGAUGCUGGCAAAAGCACUUUACUUGGUGUACUGACUCAUGGAGAACUCGACAAUGGCAGAGGCAUGGCAAGACAGAGGCUUUUCCGACAUAAGCAUGAGAUGGAAUCAGGAAGAACAAGUAGUGUGGGAAAUGAUAUCCUGGGAUUUGACAGCAGAGGAGAUGUGGUGAACAAGCCAGAUACCCAUGGUUAGAAAACUCUUUUAAAGAAAUUAUUGUGUAUACUAUAUACCCAUGUUAGGAGAAGGCACAGUGCCCCCUCUUGUCUAGGCAGUAAAAGAUAAAAAGCUCUUUUAGUAGUCUUUUAAGGGAUUUACAAAUACCUUUACAGAUCCAUAUUAACCAACCCAAUUUAACAGUGCUUUUAAGCGCUGUUAAUUUGAGUUGGUUGAUAAGGAAGGAUGUCUGAUAUAUUUAUAUAUUUGUGUCCCAGGAGGAGGACUUGAUUGGUCCAGGAUAUGCCAGAAGUCUUCAAAGGUUUGUUGUAAUUCUAUCUUCUUCCUUUUUUUGUUGACAGAGGGGAAAGCUGAAAAUUUUACCUUUAUAUUUGUGACUUUUUUUAAUGCUGGCACACUCUGACAAUACAAUACAAAGGGGACAAUAAUUGAAAAACUAUCUAAAAGUAAGGGUUUUGUUUUUGUUCUUUCACAGGUCAUCACUUUUAUUGAUCUGGCAGGGCAUGAAAGAUACCUAAAAACAACAAUUUUUGGAAUGACAGGACAUGUGCCAGACUUUGCUAUGCUGAUGGUGAGAUGUCACAUUGAUGUGCAAUAAUUUACUUUUGCUUUAUCCACCUAAAUUUUCUUUAUUGAUUGAGGAUUGACCAUAGCAAUAAUUUUUGUUGUUUGGACAAAGUGCAAACAAGAAAUUGAGAAAGGAAAAAUUACAUGAAAAUAGUCUUUUUACCACUCUGAGUUGAAUUGGGAAUUUAAAAGAAAUCCCUAAAGAACUUGACAAUCGAGGUCUAUCUCGUAAGUUUUCAGGCGAGUCCUUUUCUCAGGGAACCAAAAGUAAUUUUAGUAUGGUGUAUGGUGUUUCACAAAGAUCUUUGUUUUUGUUGUUAUUUUUUUCUCAUUUAGAUUGGGUCAAAUGCAGGAAUUAUAGGCAUGACAAAAGGUAAUAGGAUUUAGUAGGAUAUAGAUAGAUACAGUCCAUUUAUAGAGGGUAGUUUCAUGUUUGUGAACAAUGCCUAGUGAGGAUAUGGUUUGCUUUGGUAUUGAAAGUGAUAAAUUUAGUAAAAUGUAGAAAAUUCAGCCUCUGAUUACAUAUCCAUGUUAAGAAAAUUGCGCUGACAGGCUUGUGGUUGCAACACUUUACUCUUUUACUCGCCUUCUCUGCCUAAGAUUACAAGUAGGUCUUGAUGACUUGCAAGUGCAGCAGGGAGAAGUAAUAGAGGGCCACCUGCAGUUUAUUACUAUCUGUCUUUAUAUUGCUCUUUUGGACAAAGUUUCACAGCAUUUUUUUAUUCAUUUAUUUUUUUACUUACCAGAGCAUCUAGGUUUGGCCCUAGCACUCAAUGUCCCAGUGUUUGUGGUGGUGACCAAGAUUGACAUGUGCCCGCCCAAUGUGCUACAGGACACUAUGAAACUCUUAUCCAGGAUUCUAAAAUCACCUGGCUGCCGUAAAAUCCCUGUCAUUGUUCAAAACAGUGAUGAUGUGGUUGUCUCAGCGACGAACUUUGUUUCUGAAAGGUAAGAGCCCAAGUUAAGUUCAUGAAAGAAAAUGAGGGCCACAUUCCAUAUUCAUCAAAACGGCUCGAGCAAGCAAAGUUAGUUGGUAGUUUAUUAUAAAGCACUCGGACCAAACUUGUAUAUUUGAAUUUGCCGGCGUUCGCAAACAAAAAUACACAGCUUAUGCCGUCCGUAUAGCAAAAUUGCGACCAAGUAAGAACCAAUCAGAACACCCGGAUUUACCUCAGGACUACAUUACUAAAUAAUAAAUAUGUGUCUCAGGUCAGAACUAAUUGAAAGCACAUUGUUGCAAGUGCCAGAAAAGCUGCUGAUUUCAAGACUAGUCUGUAACUAAUCAGUUAGCGUUUGUUUUUCUCAGCUAGUUCAUUUGUUUUUUUCGGAGAACAUUUUUGGGCUACUCUAGGACCAUGCAAGACUUUAAGCCCACAUAAGAGUAAAUCUUCAAUAGUUAUGGAAGUGAGAGCAAACCUCAGAUGACGUGUACGCCUCGAUCUUUCUUUUGAAUUGUUACAUCAUGACUGUGUGAAUAAAACAAAAUGAUCGAAGGGUCCUUUGUAAAGGCCAAAAAUCACUGAUCUUCAAAUCACUUUUACAGGUAAUCACGAUAUUCAGAUGUGGUUCUUUCAUUUUUGCCAGGGUUUGCCCAAUAUUUCAGAUUUCCAACGUAACCGGUGAGAACUUGGACCUGUUAAAGAUGUUUUUGAAUUUGCUCUCAAUUCGAGCUCACUUCAGGAAAGAUGAACCAUCUGAGUUCCAGAUCGACGACACUUACUCAGUACCGGUAAAUAAAAAUGUCUUUGUUAAAUAUCAGAUAAAGCAAAUUUAACUGAACGAAACAAACCAUAAAUGAGAAAUAUUAACAAUUUGUGUGCACCAGAAACUAUAAGUUUGGUAUAUUAAGAUCUAACUAAUAUUCCUCUUUUCCAAGUUCCAUAAUUUUCUUAUCGUUAGCUGGGAUAAAUUGUUGCCCUUUCUAUGCCAGAUCUCCAAAUUCGUGCUUGCCUUUAUUCGCACUACCUUUUUGUUUUACUUUGUACUCGCACAAAAGCAUGUAACAGGGUUUUCAUGAAAGCAAGUUAUCGCUGGUUUAUCGCCGGCCCAUAAGUCCUCUCACCGCUGUCUGUUAAGCUUGUGAGCGGGCUCUCUUGUUUAAAUUCCGCCUUACGGUCUCUUUAUUGGCACAGCCGCCUAUAACACCAUCGGCUGCCGUUUAUGGAAAAAUUUAUUGAAACCCCCAGAAUUCUUUGCUAUACGCUUCUGAUUGGUAUCAAGAAGGAGAGUUACUUGUCUUGAAUCAAAGUUUUGGAUGAUUUAGGGUGUUGGUACAGUUGUAUCAGGCACGUGUCUCCGAGGUACCAUUCGACUGAAUGACACCCUUCUACUCGGCCCAGAUCCUUUGGGUCAGUUUCAACCAAUCACGGUGAAGACAAUUCAUCGCAAGAGAAUGCCAGUAAAGGAACUCCGUGCGGGACAAACGGCUUCCUUUGCUCUGAAAAAGGUGGGUAAUAUCUGAAAAUCGUAUAUUUGAACGGUGGGUAGCUAUUUUAGAGUAUAAAAGGAAAUCAUAGUUAUAUUGGAUGUGGAAAUAUAGACUGAGCAAAAUUCGGAUUAAAGUCGGAAAUCGAUGUCCUGAUCGCCUCGCGGGAGAGUGGGAAGGGGGAUUUAGGAGCCAUACCGUCCCAUCUCAUUGCAUGUUAAUUCUUCGUCUUCAUCGAAGGAAGAUUAAGUAAUAGAUUACGUAAAGUACAGGGCUGCGAGGAUAUUAUUUCCGGUGUCACCAAAUGUAGUAUGUUUUUUUUUUUUCGCCUUCAGAUAAAAAGAUCACAGAUACGUAAAGGAAUGGUUAUGGUAGAUAGACAAGUGAAGCCUCAAGCAUGCUGGGAAUUCGAAGCCGAGGUGUUGGUUCUUCACCACCCGACAACCAUCAGUACAAAAUACCAGGCAAUGGGUUAGUAUGCUGAGAAGGUUAAAUACUAAAAUAUUGCAGCGAUUCUAAUGGAGCUUUGGAUGGUCGAUAGAAAAAAGGCGGCCGAGCUUUGAAAACGAGAAGCGCACUUUUAACCCAUAAACUAGGGCUUCGUUACUCUUCUUCACGGCUUUGCGAAUCAAAGCCUUAAUGGCGCAUUCAAAAGCGCCAGUCGAGUUGGCUAUGGAGCUUUUGUUUAUUUUUAAGCUGUUAACUAUAUCUAAGACAGAUAGAGCGCUUUUAUACAAGGCAUCGCUUGCAUCGUAGACAACCCUUACUACGGGUGUCUAUGACAUGCCGUAAGGAGACGAUGCUCGUAUUUGAAAAUAGAGAGACGACUGGGAACGAGUCGGCGUCUCUGUACAUGUACUAAUGUAUAUUUACAAUAAUCAGACACAAUCUUCAAUAACGGAUCUUCCUUGGACAAAAUUUACUCAUGUGAUAUUUAUGUGAUUUUUUUGGUCAGUUCACUGUGGGAGCAUGCGGCAGACGGCAACAAUAAUUCAUAUGGAUAAAGACCACCUCAGAACAGGAGAUAAGGCGAUGGUGCGUUUUCGCUUCAUAAAACAACCGGAAUUCGUCAAACCGGAAACCAGAAUGAUCUUCAGAGAGGGAAGAACAAAAGCUGUCGGUACUAUACAGCAGAUCGAUCCAACUGCGCAUCCUCCGCCUCAGGUUGGCGGGAAAGUCAAACAUCGUGGACCGGGUAGAGGCACCGCACAGUCACGCGACAAAAGCAAAGACGGAGCAAGUGCGCAGGCGUCAACAAGCUCAGAAAGAACAGGGAAAAAAUGACUUGAUAGUAACGUAGUUUUCUCAUAUUUAAUUCCAUUUUUAAGGUUUUUAAGAUCUUACUUGAUUAGUUUUAACAUGGUUUUUUAAAAAUUUAGAAAUUUAGGACCACUAUGGUCGUUGAAAAUUUUAACAUUUCUUUUAUUUCUGUAUUUUCUUCGGUCAUGUGUUGAGGACCAGGCUUUCGUUCAGAAUCCCUCUAGUCUUCGAUUUGACCAUUUAUUAUUCUUAAUUCAAAGCAAAAGAAAAGCAGUAAUUUAAACUAAGUCAUUUUAGCCGGCAGCCAGGGUAGAAUUUCAGCGAAAUAAUGAAAAUACUCUGUGUUGUCAGUCUCUACUUUCCUCUUUCUGUAUGUUCUUUGGUGAAAUAACUCCUAUCUCACGUCUUCCCAACAAGCAUUUGUAUUGUUUACCACAAAACAUUUCGACGAAAAUUUCGCAUGUCCUCAAACAAAAUUAUGGCUUCGCCUUCAUAGGCGACAGUAGCCGUAAAAGUCCUCCCCUGAUUUAUCUGGGAAAAAAAACCUCAGACAAAAAGUAUCUUGUGGUCCGUCCUCUUUUUGUGUCUGAACGACUGUUAGUGCUACGCUUACCACCAUUUCCCAGUCAGUUACAAGAUCAAACUUAUUUCGUCACAAUUAAUUUUACUGCGGGAACAAAACAGACAAUUUCAUUCUCAAUAAACCUCUUCCAAAGGGGUGGUGUAGUCCAAGGUAGUUUAAAGCGAAUUUGAUUGGUAGAAAACGCCAUAGCACGUGAGAGUUGCGUGGAAAAUUGCCUAACAUAACCA